AUUCAAGCAUGGUGAGGAAUCACCAACGGAAGCCAGGGGCACGUAAUACAAGGACUUCAGUGAUGAGACUUUAUCAAGAGCAUCAGGAGAUUAGCCAGAAGACGGUAACCCUACGCAGAGCAGCAGAAAAAUAUGGUAUUUCACCUGCAACAUUGAGUAGGAAAAUGAGAGAAAGUUUCUAAAAAUGGACGCCUUUCUAAGCAAUGGAAAGGCCGCUGGCGGCGACGCUGGCAAUAAGACGCCGACAGGCAAAAUUGAGAAGCAGUAUCAGAAGAAAUCACAGCUUGAGCACAUUUUGCUCAGGCCUGAUACAUAUAUUGGUUCGGUUGAACACCACACGGAGCAGAUGUGGGUCUAUGACUCGGAGAAGAAUGCGAUGGAGAAGCGUGAGAUCACCUACGUUCCCGGAUUGUUCAAAAUUUUUGAUGAAAUUCUCGUAAACGCUGCCGACAACAAGCAGCGAGACCCCACAAUGAACACUAUCAAAAUUGAAAUUAAACCGGAAGAAAAUGUGAUUUCGAUCUACAACAACGGCGAGGGCAUUCCGGUGGUGCUGCACAAGGAGCAGAAGAUGUAUGUGCCGACGAUGAUCUUCGGCCACCUGCUGACCAGCUCCAAUUACAACGACGAAGACGACAAGGUGACCGGUGGUCGCAACGGCUACGGAGCCAAACUGUGCAAUAUUUUCAGCUCGUCGUUCAUCGUCGAAACCAGCUCCAAGGAGUACAAGAAGAGCUUUCGACAGAAAUGGGCCGACAACAUGUCGAAAACUUCGGAGCCGGAAAUCAAGGAAGAUGACGGAGAUUUCACGAAAGUGACAUUUUCGCCGGAUCUGUCCAAAUUUAAGAUGGAUAAGUUGGACAAAGACAUAGUCGAUCUGAUGUCAAGGAGAGCCUACGACGUUGCCGCGUCGACUGGCGGCGUUAAAGUGUUUCUCAACGGCAAAAAUCUUCAGAUUAAAACGUUCAAAGAUUAUGUUGAUCUAUAUACGAAGGAUAAAUUAGAUGAUGAUGAGAAUCCUCUGAAGAUAGUCCACGAGAGAUUUGGCGCCCGCUGGGAAGUAGCCGUCACAUUAUCCGACCAAGGAUUCCAGCAGAUCUCCUUCGUGAAUAGCAUAGCCACAACAAAGGGUGGCCGCCACGUGGACUAUGUAGUGAACAUGAUCGUUAAGAACAUAGUGGCGACAAUGAAGAAGAAAAACAGGGGCGGCAUGGACAUGAAGCCGUUCCAGAUCAAGAACCAUCUGUGGGUGUUCAUCAACUGCCUCAUCGUCAACCCGACGUUCGACUCUCAAACUAAAGAGAACAUGACGUCACAGGAGAAGAACUUCGGCUCCAAGUGUGUGCUCACCGACAAGUUCAUUGCGGGCGUGCUUAAAUGUGGCAUUGUCGAAACGCUACUGGUCUGGGCCAAAACCAAGGAGCAGGAGAAACUGCAGAAGGCGUCGGGCAAGAAGCAGACGCGGCUGAAGGGCAUUCCGAAGCUGGAGGAUGCCAACGACGCCGGCAAGAAGGACUCUGUCCACUGCACGCUGAUCCUGACCGAGGGAGAUUCGGCCAAGACGCUGGCUGUGUCCGGGCUGGGCGUUAUCGGCCGUGAUCGCUACGGCGUCUUUCCGCUCAGGGGUAAAGUGCUCAACGUCAGAGAGGCCAGUCACAAGCAGAUUUUAGAAAAUGCUGAAAUCAACGCAAUAAUAAAAAUUACUGGUUUGCAACACAAGAAGAAGUAUGAAACUUUUGAAGACAUGAAAACGUUGAGAUAUGGAAAAAUAAUGAUCAUGACUGAUCAGGAUCAGGACGGUUCUCACAUUAAAGGUUUGCUAAUCAACUUCCUGCAUUUCUAUUGGCCGUCUCUGCUGAAAAUGAAUUUCAUCGAACAGUUCAUCACCCCGUUGAUAAAAGCGACAAAGAAGCAGAAUGUUCUCUCGUUCUUUUCGAUUCCCGAAUUUGAGGAGUGGAAGCGAGGAACGGAUGACUGGCACACCUACAAGAUCAAAUACUACAAAGGUUUGGGAACCUCCGAUUCAAAGGAGGCUAAAGAAUAUUUCUCGAACAUGGAAAGGCACAAAAUCAAAUUCAAGUACACUGGAGAGGAAUGUGACAAAGCUAUUCAGAUGGCGUUCAGUAAGAAACAAGUGGAAGCGAGAAAAGAAUGGCUGACCAACUGGAUGGUGGAAAGCAAACGCCGACAAGAACUCGGUUUGCCCGAAGAGUAUCUGUACGGCAAAGAUACGAAGGUCAUCACCUACAAAGAGUUCAUCAACAAGGAGCUCAUCCUCUUCAGUCACAUGGACAUUGAACGGUCCAUUCCCAGUGCUGUCGAUGGCCUCAAACCUGGCUCAAGAAAGGUGCUGUUCACAUGCCUGAAGCGCAACGACAAGCGUGAGAUCAAGGUGGCCCAGCUGGCCGGGUCGGUGGCCGAGCAGUCGGCCUACCACCACGGUGAGGUGUCACUGAUGUCGACCAUCAUCAACCUGGCGCAAAACUACGUGGGCAGCAACAACAUCAACCUGUUGCAGCCGCUCGGUCAGUUCGGCACGCGACUGCAGGGCGGCAAGGACGCCGCAAGUCCGCGUUACAUCUUCACCAUGCUCAAUCCGCUCACGCGACUCAUCUUCCACCCGGACGACGAUCCGCUGCUCAAGUACCUCAAGGACGACAACCUCAGGGUCGAGCCGCAAUGGUAUAUGCCGGUGAUACCGAUGCUGCUAGUGAACGGCGCCGAAGGCAUAGGUACUGGCUGGAUGACGAAGAUCCCGAACCACAAUCCGCGCGAAAUCGUUGCCAACAUCAAGCGCAUGAUGCAGGGCGAGGAGCCGCUGCCGAUGAAGCCGUGGUACAAGAACUUUCUGGGCGAAAUCGAUCCGCUCGGCUUGGAGAAGUUUGUGGUGAACGGCGAGGUGGGCAUCAUCAGCGACACUCGGCUUGAGAUCACAGAGCUGCCGGUCGGCACCUGGACGCAGAACUACAAGGAGUCGGUGCUCGAGCCGAUGCUGCAUGGUGCCGACAAGACGCCAGCUUGUAUCACUGAAUACAAGGAGUACAACACAGACGCCACAGUAAAGUUUGUCAUCACAAUGUCAGCUGAUAAGCUCGCGCAAGCUGAAAAUGAAGGCCUGCACAAGUUUUUCAAGCUGCAAACACUCAUCAACAUCACAUCUAUGUGUGCGUUUGACAAAGACAACUGUUUGAAGAGAUACACCUCGGCGAUUGAAGUGCUGAAGGAAUUUUUCCCCGCAAGGAUGUUGUACUACGAGAAGAGGAAAGACAAUAUGGCCGGCACUCUCGAAGCCGAAACUAGAAAAUUGUCCAACCAGGCAAGGUUCAUCUGUGAGAAGUGCGAUGGCACACUGGUCAUUGAGAACAAGAAGAAGAAGGAUAUGGUGGCCGAAUUGAUUCGCAGGAAAUUCGACCCGGAUCCAGUCAAAGAAUGGAAGAUGAAGAAAGACAGAGAAGCUGCUCUGAUGGAUGAUGAUGAGGAGGCAGCAGCGGCUCCCGGCUUGUCGCAGACUGAUGAUGAUGGUGGUGAAGGGGAUGAAGAAGGGGAGGAGCGACAGAACACCCUGGACAGUAACUUCGACUACCUGCUCGGCAUGGCAAUGUGGAACCUCACCAAGGAGAAGAAGGAUGCGCUCAUUCAGAAGAAGGACGAGAAGCAGCAGGAGUACCGUAUCCUGCUGGCAAAGACCCCGCAGGACCUGUGGGUGGCCGAUCUCGAUACGCUCAUCGAAAAGCUGGACGAAUACGAGGCAAAGGAGCGUGCCGAAAUGCUGGACAUCAAGGUGGAGGGCGGAAAGGGUGCAAAGGGUGGGGCCAAGAAGGGCGGGGCCAGGAACAAGAACAAGGUGUUGGUCACUGACUACCUGCCGUCGCCGAUCGCCCGCCGUGUCGCGCCAGUCAUCUCCGACGAGUUCAAGAAGAAGGUGGAGAAAGCAGCUGCUGCUAAAGAGAACAAGGGCAAAUCCAAAGCGAGAAAGAAGUUGGGAGACGAGGAGGUGGACGAAUUCGACUUGAUGAGUGAGAAGAACCAGGUGUCACUGUCGGAUCGAAUAGCCAACACGCCGGCGAAGAAGGCUGCCGAGAAGAAGCCACGUGCUAAGAAGGCCGAGAACGGCGAGAAGAAGCCGAGGAAGCCGCGAGGCACCAAGGGCAGUCCGAAGAAGAAGAGCAAAGCGGCGUGGGAAAGUAGUAGUGAGGAUGGGGGCAACAGCGAUGACUCUGAUGCUAGCGAGGUGCUGCCCGUGUCACCUGUACGCCAGACGGCUAGGAGAUCAGUUGCCCCAAAAAAAUACAAUUUUGAUGAUGACGCUGACGAUGAUGAUGAUGAUGAGGAUGUGCUCUAUGACAACGAUGCUGCCAUCAACGGUGAUGAGGAUGCGCCAGUCGUCGAAAAUGAUCUCGAUGACAAUGCAAGCCUUAACGGUAACUCGUCUGGCAACGAGUCGAUAAUCUCGGACAGUGAUACGGGAAAAGCUAAGUCCGCGUUGAUGCCGGCCAAGAAACAGCGCAAGCCGGCCGAGAAAAAGCCGAAGGCGGCCGCUGAAAAGAAAACGGCCUCGCAGGUGGUGAAGGCGUUCUCUGAUUCGGAUGACUCGGACAACGACUUCAUGAAGCCAUCGGGUAAAGCCGGCGAAACCUCUGAAGACAAAUUCGACUCGCUGAUUGCCGGCACUAAGAAGAAGACAACGACUGAUAUAUUUUUGUCGUCCAGCGAGGAUUCCUCUGUGGCUAAACCCAAGGCAGCUAAGAAGGCGGCUGAACCAAAACCUAAAAAGGCACCCGCCAAACGUACCAAGAAGGCUGCCUCAGGAUCUGACUCUGAUUCACCCGUCAAGGCUAAGAAACCCAAGAAGAAGGCGGCGAAAUCGGCGUUUGGAGGUGACAGCAGUGAUGAAGACUUCGGUUUCGCCUUGAGUGACGACCCGCCUGCAAGGACCCCAGCCACCACGGGUAGGGCACGCAAGCAGGUCAAGAACAACUAUGGCGGCGACGACGAUGACGAAUCCGAUUGAACGAAAUGUCGGUUGAUCGAUUCUUCAUCUAAACGAAUUUACACUUCUGUCGUGUUCUCAACUCACCAGUGACAAAUAAUGAACUAAUUUACCUUGAGAAUGUGUUUUGUCACCCUUAAACGAUUCACAUUAUUUCUUCUCUGGUGUUCUUAACUUUUACACAAGUGAUAAACAUCGUAAUCAUAACUGCUAUCUACUUGUAUUUCAAUUUACUGUACCUUAUAUUUAUAUUCGAUUUUUGUACUAUUUUAGCUCUCAAUUUAUCAUUUUCUUUUUUUUACAGUAUUAGAGACAAGAUUGCUGGCUCGGCAUCACAAUAUUUUUAUACGUUGUUUUUAUGUAUCUCAAUUUGUUUAGAAUGUUUGUUUAAAUCUUAAAAUUUAAAUAUUUUCCUACGUGCUUUUAUACAACUUGAUUCAACUCAGGUUGCUGCUGUGAGAGUAAGACAGCAUUCAGUGUUAGUUACUAGUUGAAGUUUGAGAGUUGUCAGAUUGAGGGGCUAGAUUUUUGUAAAUUGAGUGUUGCUGUAAAAAGCUUUAAUUAUAGAACAAUUGUUGAAAUCACAAGAAAUUGAUGUAAUCCUUCAGUUGAAUUGCAUUUUUACUACUAGUGAUGAAUAAAAAUUGUAUUUCUAUUUGUGAUAAAUUGAUUUGUAAAUUA